UGUCCAACCUUCACCACACCAACACCACCUCUCACCACCACCCUGGACAACAGUGUUACAGUGUUACCUGUGUUACAGUGUUACCUUACCAGUGCCCAGUGACACACCACAUACAAUAUACCCUGAGAAGAAAAACACCAAUCAUCUUCGCCUCUAACCCAUCUCCCAGGAGCUGAGUUGAGGGGUGACUAAACUAAGAUGGACUUAAAUCUGAUCCACGCUAGUGAGGUGAGUGUGGAAGGUCGGGGCGUUCGUGAAGCCGGAGAAGUGAAUCCUCCGGGUUCGGAAACCGUGAGGGUGAGUGGAUGGUUAUGGAAGCCUGAGACAGGGUGGACCUGGUGUCCUUUUGAAGAGGCUGUGACAUCCGACACCAUCUGGAAUGGAUGGUCUUGGAGUCCCUCUGAAGGGUGCCGUCCUGCCAACCCCUGGGGAGGGAGAUGGUCAUGGAGUAGCAGUGAAGGAUUUUUGCCAGCUAAUGGAUGGGCUUGUAGCCCCUCUGAAGGAUCCUUUCCAGCCGACAAUUGGACCAGUGGAUGGUCCUGGAGUCCAACUGAAAGGAUUACACAUACCCACACACUUCGUGGCAUGUGGUCGUGGAGUCCAUCAAAACUAACUGUUCCAUCUUGGAGAAUAAAUCGGAGAAGAAAUCGUUCCUAUAAACGUUCGAAAGCAAGUCGUGAACGCCAGUUUCAAACACAUGAGUUACACAAUAGGCAAAACGACAGAUUUCCAGGAAGAAGUUCCUCCAGUUCAUAUCCCAAUGAAGAAGAGAAUUCUCCUUCACCUUUGAAAAUGUUUAAUCCAACUCCACAAGACGGCAGUGUGCUCACUCCAGAGCCCCAAGUGUCGGAUACCAAAGACUCUGUUUGUCUGCCCAACGUGGGUCAUUCUCCCACCACUAGUCAAGCUCCACUCUCACCGUCUUCUCACCUGUCUUCUGAGACUCCAGUCUCUUUCCUUGGGUUUUAUCAGAGUAACCAGGAGUCUAGAAGUCCAUCUCCGGUGGAUGUGUUGAGCGAGCCUUUAGGAAGCUUACUACAGGUGGAUGCAUUCAUACACACUCCACCAGGUGAGGGAUUCAACAGCCAGUAUUCAGUAGAUGAAUUUAUGCACUCACCCAAAAUGGGAUGGUCUAAUAGUUCCCUUUCACUCGAGACCAACAACGCGCUGCAGAAUGAAGUAAACACAUCUUUAAAUAAAUCAGAAAUUAGUACAUCUGAAACCAUACAAUCUCCAGAGAAGUGUUCCCCAUUAAGAGUUCUCCUACCCGGGCAAACAGAGAAAGGAGGUGUCACUGUGAAAUGUUCACCUCCAACAAACACCACUGUUCUGUCUCCACCGACAGGUACAUUCACUGGUCUGUCUGUCAGUCAUUAUGUGUCGGACUCGGGUACAGUGAAGGAAUCAUCUCCUGUGUUGUUGACUUAUAGAAAUACAGGAGAACCCACUAGUCUAAACAUGAUUAGUGAGGCAUCAACAGUACUGGAACACUGCAGGACCCCCUCACCAGUACUAAAAAGAUCCGGGGCGCCCUUAGAAGUACUGGAACACGGCAGGACCCCCUCACCAGUACUAGGAAGAUUCAGGACGCCCUCACCAGUACUAGAACACUGCAGGACCCCUUCACCAGUACUAGAAAUAUCUAAGACUCCAUCACCAUCACAAAAACACUCCAGGACUCCAUCACCAGUACUGGAAAGAUCCCGUACUCCAUCAACAGUACUGGAACGAUCAGCUACUUCAUCACCAACACUGGAAAGAUCAAGGACUUCAUCAACAUCACUGGAAAGAUCAAGGACCUCAUCAAAAACACUGGAAAACUCAAAGAUUCCAUCAUUAUCCCUGGAAGGUUUGAAGAGUCCAUCACCAGAAAAAGAAAGACGGUUCCAGUAUCCCCCAGCUGGUGAAGACUCCCUAAUAACACGAUCUUACACCAGAUCACCAGCAUAUUUAUUUCUACCAACUCUGGAAAGAUGCAGGACCCUAUCACUAUCUUCUCUAUCCUCAGAAACACUGGAAACAUCCAGGGAUCCAACACCUGUACUGGAAGACUCCAGGAGUCCAACACCAGUACUAGAAAGGUCCAGGAGUCCAACACCAGUACUAGAAAGGUCCAGGAGCCCAACACCAAUACUAGAAAGGUCCAGGAGUCCAACACCAAUACUAGAAAGGUCCAGGAGUCCAACACCAAUACUAGAAAGAUCCAGGAGUCCAACACCAAUACUAGAAAGAUCCAGGAGUCCAACACCAAUACUAGAAAGGUCCAGGAGCCCAACACCAAUACUAGAAAGGUCCAGGAGCCCAACACCAAUACUAGAAAGAUCCAGGAGUCCAACACCAAUACUAGAAAGGUCCAGGAGCCCAACACCAAUACUAGAAAGAUCCAGGAGUCCAACACCAAUACUAGAAAGGUCCAGGAGUCCAACAUCAAUACUAGAAAGGUCCAGGAGCCCAACAUCAGUAGUAGAAAUGUCCAGGACUCCAACACCAGUACUAGAAAGGUCCAGGAGUCCAACACCAAUACUAGAAAGGUCUAGGAGUCCAACACCAAUACUAGAAAGGUCCAGGAGUUCAACACCAAUACUAGAAAGGUCCAGCAGCCCAACACCAAUACUAGAAAGGUCCAGGAGUCCAACACCAAUACUAGAAAGGUCCAGGAGUCCAACACCAAUACUAGAAAGGGCCAGGAGCCCAACACCAAUACUAGAAAGGUCCAGGAGCCCAACAUCAGUACUAGAAAGGUUCAGGAGUCCAACACCAGUACUAGAAAUGGCCAGGAGUCCAACACCAAUACUAGAAAGGUCCAGGUGUCCAACACCAAUACUAGAAAGGUCCAGGAGUCCAACACCAAUACUAGAAAGGUCCAGGAGUCCAACACCAAUACUAGAAAGGCCCAGGAGUCCAACACCAAUACUAGAAAGGUCCAGGAGCCCAACACCAAUACUAGAAAGGUCCAGGAGCCCAACAUCAAUACUAGAAAAGUUCAGGAGUCCAACACCAGUACUAGAAAGGGCUAGGAGUCCAACACCAAUACUAGAAAGGUCCAGGUGUCCAACACCAAUACUAGAAAGGGCCAGGAGUCCAACACCAGUACUAGAAAGGUCCAGGAGUCCAACACCAGUACUAGAAAGGUCCAGGAGUCCAACACCAGUACAAGAAAGGUCCAGGUGUCCAACACCAGUACUAGAAAGGUCCAGGUGUCCAACACCAGUACUAGAAAGGCUCAGGAGUCCAACACCAAUACUAGAAAGGUCCAGGUGUCCAACACCAGUACUAGAAAGGUCCAGGUGUCCAACACCAGUACUAGAAAGGUCCAGGUGUCCAACAACAGUACUAGAAAGGUCCAGGAGUCCAACAACAGUAUUAGAAAGGUCCAGGAGUACAACGCCAGUACUAGAAAGGUCCAGGAGUCCAACACCAGUACUAGAAAGGUCCAGGAGUCCAACACCAGUACUAGAAAGGUCCAGGAGUACAAAACCAAUGCUAGAAAGGUCCAGGAGCCCAACACCAGUACUAGAAAGAUCCAGGAGUCCAACACCAAUACUAGAAAGGUCCAGGAGUCCAACACCAGUACUAGAAAGGUCCAGAAGUUCAACACCAAUACUAGAAAGGUCCAGGAGUCCAACACCAAUACUAGAAAGGUCCAGGAGUCCAACACCAGUACUAGAAAGGUCCAGGAGUCCAACACCAAUACUAGAAAGGUUCAGGAGCCCAACACCAAUAAUAGAAAGGUCCAGGAGUCCAGCACCAGUACUAGAAAGGUUCAGGAGUCCAAUACAGGUACUAGAAAGGUCCAGGAGUCCAACACCAAUACUAGAAAGCUCCAAGUGUCCAACACCAGUACUAGAAAGAUCCAGGAGUCCAACACCAGUACUAGAAAGGUCCAAGAGUCCACCACCAGUACUAGAAAGAUCCAAGUGUCCAACACCAGUACUAGAAAGGUCCAGGGGUACAAAACCAAUACUAGAAAGGUCCAGGAGUUUAAUAACAGUACUAGAAAGGUCCAGGGGUACAAAACCAAUACUAGAAAGGUCCAGGAGUCCAACAUCAAUACUAGAAAGGUCCAGGAGUCCAACACCAGUACUAGAAAGGUCAAGGAGUACAAAACCAAUACUAGGAAGGUCCAGGAGUCCAACAACAGUACUAGAAAGGUCCAGGAGUCCAACACCAAUACUAGAAAGGUCCAGGAGUCCAACACCAGUACUAGAAAGGUCCAGGAGCACAAAACCAAUACCAGAAAGGUCCAGGAGUCCAACACCAAUACCAGAAAGGUCCAGGAGUCCAACACCAGACUAUGUUGUCGCAUCAGCAUUAAAAGUAUCUCGGAAGCCAUUACCUUCUUCUUGGUUUUUGCCAGAAUCGGAAAUUUGCGAAAAUCCAUCACUUUCUAUUGUGUCUUCACCAUCACUGGCAAGGUCCAGGAGUCCAUCACCAGAUUAUUCUUUGUCACCAUCACCUGAAAGGUCCAGGAGUCCAUCACUUACUCUGGAUAAAUCCAAGAGUCCAUUGCCAGUUCUGGAAAGAUCCAUGAACCAGUUGCCAGUGCUGGAAAGAUCCAUGAACCAGUUGCCAGUGCUGGAAAGAUCCAAGAACCAGUUGCCAUUGCUGGAAAGAUCCAAGAACCAGUUGCCAGUGCUGGAAAGAUCCAAGAACCAGUUGCCAUUGCUGGAAAGAUCUAAAAAUCCAUCACCAGCUGUUUGUUUACCAACAUCAGAAAAAUCCAGCCAGUCUCCACCAGCUGGGAUGCCAUCACUUGAUAGAUCGUCCAGUAAAUCUGUUGAUGAUUCUUUUUCAUCGCUGGAAAGCAACAGUGAAGGAAUAAUCGACUUAUCUUUAAGUGGAAUUGUGACUCUGUCAACAAGGAAACGAACUGCGAGUUCAUUACAUAGUAUAGACGAUAAACCAGCGAAGAAAAUGUGUUCAGUGCCAUCUAAUAAUGAGGGUAAUGUCAACCUUUCAGAGUACGAGAGUUGUAGCGCAUCUUUUACAUUGAGUUUUAAAAGAAACCUCUCUCCCGACGAAGCUACUUCCAUGAGCCAAAUCCAGAAAAAAUGCAAAACUGAUGCCUCGUCAGUGGACACAGCUGCCUUGCUAGCAAGGCUCCAUGACUUCAUGUUGACACCAAGACAGAAGAGCCCUGGUCACUGCAAGCCCAUGACCACCCGAUCAGCUGCUCGUAGGCUCCUCGAGAGGUCCCCCAACCAUCAACUUCUCUACAUUGCUGACAAGCGGGUGGAGUUGUUCAGAGCAAUAGAGGAAGGGAACGUGCAACUUGUGCAGGAGCUGCUGCAGGACACAGGUCCUGCCAUCAGGAAGGAGGGCAGCUAUUGCACACUCUUGCACACUGCUGCUGCCUACAGUCAACUUGACAUACUGCUCUUCUUGUUGAGACUCAUUAACCCGAAUAUCGUCAACAAGGAAGGUCAGACACCAGCUCACCUGGCUGCCAUGAAGGGUCACACUCAGGUGUUGAGGAUAUUGAUGGCAGACGAGGAAUUGAAUCACGACAAGAAGGACAACAAUAACCGAACUUACAGAGACUUGCUUUCCGUACCGCUGUUCGAGGCCGUCCUGGGAGACAACAGAAGCCGGGCCCAGGAGCUGUUAAGGCUGGGUGCUGACCCAGACUACCCAGCUGGGUCACUAGUAGAGACAGAACUUGAGGUCACCACGGCCCGACAGCUAGCUCUUAACUUACAGAGAGAAGCCAUCGUUAAGCUCUUUGCCAAGGAGAGGCCAGCAGAGAGAAAGCUGCAGACAUCAACUGGAGUCAGCGUGUCAGAGAGCUCUAGAGAGCUGGCUGUUACAGCAGACAGCCAGGCGGCGCUGAGGCUGAAUGUAAGACCAGGAUCGGUCCAGACGUCAGGUCCAGACGUCUACAGGAUGGACACAGAUCCUAGAGGAUACGUGUGUAUCCUAAGCUACAGUUCCUUCCAGGAGCGACCUGACCUGGUCCUUGAGGGGUCAAACUCAGACGUCAAGAACCUGUCAAACGUCUUCGGCAAAAUGGGUUACACUGGACACUCACAUUGUUCCUUGACAGCACAAGAGACCAAGCAAGUGUUGACCAGUGUCAGGGAGAUGCAGCUCCUGGACCGUGUGGGUUGUGCGGUUUUUAUUAUAUCAAGUCACGGCAUCGGUAACGAGAAGUUCCUAACAAGUGACAUGAGGGUUUUGAGCACUCAGUGGGUAUGUGAACUUUUUAAGGACUCAGAAUGCCCAGGGUUGAAAAAUAAACCCAAAUUAUUUAUCUUUGACUUUUGUUGUGGUUACUACAAGGAGGAGAAUGUUAGAAGAAACAAGAGAGUCAAGUAUACAAGAGUAGAGGAACCCCUACAUGACACAGUGUGUCUGUACUCAAGCAGUGGAAGUUUUACCUCGUACUCCUUUACUAAGGAAGGUACUGCCUUCAACACUGCUCUGUGUCGCACUCUGGCACAACACUCCCAUCAUCACGAACUUGCUGACUUGUACAGACAGUUACUCAAGGAGUGCACCAACAACUCUUACACAGGAUCACCACAGCUACAUAACUUCGGCUUCACCAAGAAAUUCUUCUUUAACCCAAUACAUUGAAAAACCCGUCAAAAAUUAUAUAGUUAUUACACUUCAGGUUGAUGACAUAGAUCUUCAUCAACCGUCAAACUGACUACUGAAUUAUGAUAAACUACUGAUGAUAUUGAAGACAGGACACAUGCAUACAGUACAAGUAUUUACUGAGGCACAGCAUUGCUCUGUUAGAGCUCCAUUAAGCUCUAACAGUGUGUGUGUGUGUUUUGUGUGUGUGUGUGUGUGUGUGUGUGUGUGUGUGUGUGUGUGUGUGUGUGUGUGUGUGUGUACUCACCUAGUUGAGGUUGCAGGGGUCGAGUCCAAGCUUCUGGUACUCACCUAUUUGUGGUUGCAGGGGUCGAGUCUUAGCUCCUGGCCCCUGGCUCCUGGUGUGUGUGUGUGUGUGUGUGUGUGUG